UUUGAUAUAUAGAAAAUUAAUAUGUGAAUAUUGUGAAUAAUUAACUGUGAUUAACGCUUAACAGAAACUAUAACUACUUACUCUUACAGUCAAUAAACCACGUACCACGAUAAAAAAAAAAUCUUUAUCCUUAAUCGAGCAACAGUCUGUUCGAUAAUAUUUGUAUUAAAUUUGUACUAUUUUUUUCAUGUAUUAAAUAUUAAUUAUCUAAUAUAAUUCUAAAUUUAAUAUUUUGCCUAACAAAAGAAUUCCAUUUCAAAACCUUGAAUUUUGAUUAGGCAUAGAUAUAUGAGUUAAUUAUUAUUUAAUAUUUAUUUAUUAUUUGAAUUUCUUACAUUGAAAUCAACUGUUCUACGUUUCGUUAAUCGAUACUGGAUUGCCUUAUGCUGAUUACUCUUGUCAAAAAUUAUUUUUCAAUAUGGGAAUGUUAUUKGGAAAACCCAAAGUCUCUCGUAUUACCGAUCACGAUCGAGCAGUUCUGCAAAUGAAACAGCAAAGAGACACCUUAAAGCGAUAUCAACAAAGAGUUGAAAAAUUACUAGAAAGUGAAAGAGAACUCGCUAAAAGACUACUGUCCGAAAACAAAAGAGAAAAAGCAAAGCUGUUGUUGAGAAAAAAGAAAUACCAAACAGAUCAGCUUGAGCGUACUGAAGCAUCUUUGGAUACAAUUGAAAAAUUAAUUCAAGAUUUAGAAUAUACUCAAAUAGAAUCSAAAGUUAUUGAAGGCCUUAAAGUUGGAAAUUUAGCGCUUAAAAAAGCAAACGAAUUGUUUAAUAUCGAACAUAUUGAGCAACUCUUGGAUGAAACUAAAGAAGGAAUCGAUAAACAAAAAGAAAUAACCGAUUUACUUAGUGGAUCCUUGUCCACUGAAGAUGAAGAAGCAGUUGAAGCUGAAUUAAAUGAAUUAAUUGCCGUGGAACAUCAAAAAGCUGUAGAUAUAUUACCAACUGUACCAUCAGAUGAAUUACCAGUAGCUGUUCCAGAGACCAAAGAAAAAGAAAAAUUGCCAACAAAGAAGAUUGCUUUAGAAGCUCAAUAAAAUAAAUUUUAUUUUCAGUUAAAAUGUUACUGAAUUAAAGGCAGAGUCAAUUUAUUUUUAACAUAUUAAAAUUUUUAUUUUCUGUUAUUGUGUUCAAUAUAAAAAAGUUGUAUUUUUAA